CCUUUUGUUAGUCCUACAUCAUCACUCGUCUGUAUAAUACGUCAAUUAGUGUGACAUUUUCAAACAACAAAACCAAUUUAUUGUUUUUAAUUACAUGUUGUUUUGUUUUUCAUUGUUUAAUUUGCUUAAAGAGUAACAGCGCCUAAAUUUUUAAAUCAUGUUUCGAGUGUUAAUGUAUUUAAUAGUUUUUGUUGUGGUAAAUUCGGUGGACGGGAGAAUAUUUGACAAACGAAAAUGUCCGGAAGUUAGAGCUGUACCACAUUUCGAUUUGUCUCAGAUGCUUGGCAAUUGGUAUGUAGUAGAAUAUUACGCUAGUGCUGAAGAAGCGCUGUCUUAUAGCUGCAUGAAGGCUGUCUUCACUGAGGACGAUCAUGUUCAAGCUGAAGACGGUUCCAUCGAAUGGACGCCAGGAGUAACAAUGAACUUUACUUAUCGCUUUGCUGAUGAUCCUCUCGGCGAAAAUUUAUUGGGAAAUAUAACUUGGAAAAUUGACAUGAACGAACCAGCGCAUUGGACUCACUCUGAAAUUACUUAUGAUGGCAUUUACAACACCUAUGUGCUAGACACAGAGUAUAAGACUUGGAUGUUGCUACUCCACUGCGCUGAACAGCGAGAGGGAGCAAGAUAUCUCAGUGCGUUCGUGCUGUCUAGAAAAACAUCACUACCUAAAAAUGUUAUGGCGUACUUGAGAGACAAAUUACCAAGAUACGAUGUGGACAUCCAAUACGUAUUUCCAAUUCCUCACGAGAACUGCACUGAUAAACCAGCGAAGUCCGACUACACGCCCAUUCUCGUUGAAGUUGGCAGCAACGCACCAAAGAAACCAGGUGUCAGCUACAAUGUCGCGUUCGGGCAUUGAAUCAUUUGUAAACGUAAUGUCAUUGUAAAAUUGAUAUCGCAAAUAAAAAAUAUAUAUU